AUGGCUCGACCAAAGCGCGAAAUGCGCGCAGUUGUAGAGGAGUCAACUACGCCUCCCGAUCAACUCAAAGAAGCCCAGUCGCUCGCAAGAGUGAUCAAAGCUGAGGGCAAUAACCUCUAUACUUGUUCUCUUCCCGAUCAGCGCACCAUCAUUGUCGAACUCGCUGCGCGUUUCCGCAAUACCGUCUGGAUUAGGCGUGGGGGGUUUGUCCUCGUACAUCUAACUCCCCCCAAGGAGCAAAAGGGCAAAGUGGAGGGUGAGAUUGUGAAUGUUGUGGGCAUCGAGAAGGAAUGGCGCAAACAGAGCUACUGGCCUAAGGAGUUUGCACGGUUUACCUAUGAUGAUGAUGAGGAUGAAGACUCGACUGUAGGCAAGAUGCCGCCAUCGGAUUCGGAAGAUGAGAACUGA